UCACUUCCCGUCGUCCUCCCUGCUGCCACCUACUCCUCCUGUCACACCGCCUAAACAAGCAGUGGUCAGGGCGACGCACCGCAACAGCCCAACCUCAGCAACUCCUCACUCUUCUCGCGACAGCGAUUACCUACACCGUCAAGUAGUACUUCAGACGAUGUUCUACAACAGCAGCACCGUCCCAAUUGGGGGCGCGCCCUUUGUCCCGCCCUCGCUAGCUCUACAGGACGCAGUCUUCUACGGAGACAGCUCCUCCUCGGCCUCGUCUUCGAGGAGCAGCUCCAUCAGCUAUCCUCCCUCGUCUUCCAAUUCGGAAGCAAACCUAGGCUCUGCUCACUCAUACGGCAUGUCCUCCUCCCCCUCGACUUCCUCAUCGAUGCAGAGCGAUUAUUCUCUCUCCCCGCGUCAGAUCGCAGCAAGGGAGUAUGCAAGGAGACUCCACGACCACACUCCUGCCCCGCCCGCUCUGGCGGCAGCUGCCGUCGUGGAACCACCAAAGGAGAGGUCGAGAGCGAUGGAUGUUCUUUUGGGAAAGAGUCCUCCUCCUUUGAGGCCAAUACCGCUCGCCUCGGCGGACCAUGCCCUUACGAGCCCACCAACAUUGGCGCGCCCAACAAUAACGACGACCCAUCCAAGCUUCCUCAAAUGUACUCUAUUCUCUAUGCCUCUAUCGCACCGGCCCCAGUACUCCUGUCUGUAUGUAAUCAUUACUUCCCCUCAACUCCACUUACCAGCCUGGCUCUAGCCCUAGACCUCAACGGGUCGUAGCCACGCUCCCCUUCUCUCCGACCUCCACUCCACUUCGCUGCGGAUCUGGUGUUCGUCUUCGUCUUCGUCUUCGUCUUCUCAAGUGUAGUCUUCUUGUCUUGUCUCUCAUAUCUCCUUCUCCCUCAUGGCACUAUAGUCUUUACUGUAUACA